CAAUCACUUCCAACCAACCAAACAACCAACAACCGCCAAAAUGCCUGCCAUCGAACGUGUUACCCUCAUGAAGAUCCCCUCCAACGACGACCGCUCCAAGGUCCUCGAGCAGUUCAAGGUCCUGGCCAAGACUGCCACCAAGGACGGCAAGCCCUACAUCAGAAACGCCUCCGUCGGCGCCUCGUACGACGAUGCUCGCAACCAGGGCUGGAACCUGUCGGUCAAGAUGACCUUCGACUCGCUGGACGACAUGAAGUACUAUGACACCGACUGCGAGGCCCACAAGGCCCUCAAGGCUGUUGCCGUCCCCGUCAAGGAGGACCUGAUGACCACCUACUUUGAGAACAUUCUGUGAAUACGUUGCGAUCGUGGAUAUUAUUGAGGACAUGACAGAUUACGAAUUAUGUAUGGGUAGCAGCCAAGAAA